UCGAGUAAGGCGGGCCAGUCCGAACUUUCACUUAAAUUUAUAUGUGUGUAUGUAUUUAAAUACAUGAACAACACCAUUUAAAAAAAAAAAAAUGAUCAACAUCAAUAUUAGCAACCAAUUUGAAAGGGCCCCACGAAUGUGUGGACACCUCUGUUUGAGGUGAUUGCCAGCUGUCACCUCCCCCACGCCACCUCACACUCUGGCCGCCUCUUUUCACUGAAUCCCCCAAAAGGCCACCAAACUCCUCUCAUUUCCCCUUAUCCACCCUGGAUUUUCCAUCUUACCAAUCAUGCAAAACCUACCCCCCAAUUUUCCCAACUGACGAUUUUACCCCUGGCACGGCCCACAACUCCCGGCUAGGAUGGCCAUUUCGCAUGGUGGCAAGGAUGGAAUCAUUGAGCGAGGAGGCAUUAUGGUAAUUAGAUUGUGAAUGUGGGGGCUGUUUGGUAGGUGGAUGGGGUUGUCUAUAUGUUGAUUGAUGCCACGGUCUUAAGCAUAGAUGCGAAGAAAGUUCUUAAUUUGGGGAGACGGACAGUUGGCUGCAACAGUUACGUUGAGGUCGACAAUUUCUUUGAUUGGAAACCCUCCAACAUUUCAUUAUAAAAUCCGCUUACUUUGUUUGGCUUCUGGGAUUUUGGCGUUGGGAAAAUAUCAUUAAACCCGUUUAGAGAUCAUGGGUUACUGGAAAUCAAAGGUGCUUCCGAAGAUAAAAAAGGUCUUCGACAAGAAUGGUCCUAAAAAGGCUGCAGCUGCUGAGGCUGUCAAGUCCUUUGACGAUUCUAAGGAGGAAAUCAACAAGCAAUUUGAGGAGAAGAAAGAUGAGCUUCAACCUAAGGUCCUUGAAAUCUAUGAAGCUUCAUCCACCGAAAUCAAGAGUUUUGUUAAGGAACCGAAGGAGGCGGGGCUGAAGAAGAACUCGGCUGCAGUCCACCAGUUUUUAGAAGAGCUCGUUAAAAUCGAAUUCCCAGGAUCGAAACAAGUGACAGAAGCAUCUUCGAAAUACGGGCCAGCCUUGGUAUCAGGCCCAGUGUUGUUUGUGUUCGAGAAGUUCUCAACGUUUAUUGUCACUGAAGAAGUAGUAGUUGAGAAAGAAGUCAAAACUACUGCUGAAGAAGGAGAAAAGGAAGCGCCAAAAACAACUACUGAAGAAGCACCUGCAAGCAGCAAAGAGAAAGAGAUUGUCGUUGAAGAAGAGAAGGAAGAAAUUGUUGUUGAGAAGAAGGAAGAAAAAAAGAAAGAAGAAGAACCCCCAAAGCCUAGUGAGGAAGCUGCCGCCGCGGAGCCACCCAAGGCCGAUGAGGCGGCGGCGGCCGCACCCUCCCGCUAAGGCGGAGGAAGCUGCGACGGCAGAACCACCAAAACCUUGAGACACAACAACAAUGUGAUAUCUUCUCGCUCGCCAAAUUGUGUAAAGGUUAUUACUAUCUUUCAAAAGAAAGAGAAAAAGAACAUAUGAUUAUGAUUUGUUAUUCUUUAUAUUAUAUUUGUCCAUUACCACAUUGUAACGUUCUUCUUUCUCUCUCUUAUGUUUUUUUUUUCUUUCUUUGUAUUAUUAUUUUGAAAGCAUUCUGUCAUGUGUAAGUGUAUUAUUACCUUUUUUGUGAAUUAGUUUGUAAUUUCUUAAUGAAAUAUCAGGUUUUCCCUAAGGAGAAAAAAAAAAA